AUGGAUGACAAGGAUAUCUCACCUGGCCACGGUGGCUCGUCUUAUGAUGACAAGACCGUCACACCUCCGCCUGAAAAGGGCGGUGCUGAGAUUCUAGAGCAUGCUCCCCGUGGUCGUCGUCAAUCCGUCGCUCUCAACAUUAUCCAAAACCCUCUACAGAGCAAAACAAAAGAUCAAGUCGUCGCUGACGCUCGCGCCUUUGCCGAGUCCAAUGGCAUGUCCGAGCACGUCGACCUCUUCAGCCGAGCCGCUCUCAUCGCUCGAGACCCCGAUAGCUUCGAAUCGGCUGAUCUUCUCGAUGACGAACGCGCUGCGCUCAUUUAUGAGAGAGACCACAAGUGGCAUGGAUCUAAGAUGCUGUGGUACUCGAUUGGUCUUUGCGCUGUGGGUGCUGCUACGCAGGGAUGGGAUCAGACAGGUGCCAAUGGCGCUAACCUCUCGUUCCCUAAAGAGUUCGGUAUUGAUGGCGAGGGACGUGAUGAGUGGAUUGUUGGUAUCAUCAACUCCAUCAUCUUCCUUACUGCUGGUCUGAUCGGUGCCUUUAUCGUCGACCCUCUUAACCACUACUUUGGCCGACGUGGAGAGAUCUUCAUCACAGCCUGUUGCUUGGUAGCUACCCCUAUCGCCUCUGGUUUCGCUAAGAACUGGCAAGAGCUUUUUGCCAUCCGUUUCAUUAUGGGAAUCGGUAUUGGUGCCAAGAAUGCUACCGUGCCAAUCUAUUCUGCUGAGAUGGCUCCUGCUCGCAUUCGAGGUGCCCUCGUCAUGUUCUGGCAACUUUGGGUCGUCAUUGGCAUCUUCCUCGGUUUCUGCGCCAAUGUCAUCGUCAAAGAUGUCGGCGCCAUCGCCUGGCGUCUUGAACUCGGCUCUGCCUUCAUCCCUGCCUUUUUCCUCGCCGUCGGCAUCUACUUCUGUCCAGAAUCUCCCCGUUGGCUGAUGAAGCACGGCCGCAUCGCGGAUGGCUUCGUCUCCAUGUCCAAGCUUCGAGCUCACCCCAUCAUCGGCGCUCGCGAUUACUACUACUCUUACGUCAUCUACCACGAGGAGCUUCGCGAGAACGCUGGCGCUGGCUACUUUCGUCGUCUUUGGGACUGCUUCGCUGUUCCUAGAAUUCGACGUGCCAACUACGGUGCUAGCACUGUCAUGUUGGCCCAGCAGAUGUGCGGUAUCAAUAUCAUCUCUUUCUACAGCUCUAGUAUCUUCCGAGAGGCUGGCUAUAGUCACGACGAGGCUCUGUAUGCUUCUCUGGGCUACGGUGCUAUCCAGGUUGUCUUCACCAUUCCUACUCUCUUUCUGAUCGAUACCAAGGGCCGGCGAUUCUUGACCCUGGCUACCUUCCCCUUCAUGUGCAUCUUCUUGCUAGCUGGUGGUCUCUCUCUUCUCAACAACAGCGAUAACCGAGCUGCCAACAUUGGUCCUGUAGUUCUCUUCGUCUACCUUUUCACCAUCGCCUACUGUCUCGGUGAGGGACCUGUGGCCUUCCAGUAUUCAGCUGAGGUCUUCCCCACUAUCCAGCGAGAGCAGGGUAUGGCUUGGGCUGUCUGCAUCAACAACACCUUCGCUGGUGUUCUUGGCUUGACCUUCCCUCGUAUGAAGACUGUCAUGACACCUACUGGAGCUUUUGGCUUCUAUGCUGGACUCAACCUCAUUGCUUGGGGUAUGAUCUUCUGCUUCGUCCGCGAGACUAAGCAGAUGACCCUAGAGGAAUUGGAUCAGGUCUUCUCCGUCCCUACAAAGAGCUUCUUGUCUCAUGAGACAAAGGUAUGGCUGCCGUAUAUCUUCAAGCGCUAUGUCCUUCGCAAGGACAUCCAGCGCCCUCCUCCCAUUAUCGAGAAGGGCGAGAAGACACUCGCGUAA